UUCCCAAUUGAUACCUGUAAUAGGUACCGUAAGUGAAUGUACAUUUAUUUCAUGGAAGUUUAAUGGAAAUUUAAGUAGUGUGAAGCUGGCACCCGAUAUAAAAAUCACCUGAUUUAAACUUCACGAAUAAAUAAAAACGCGUUCUAAAUAUGUAAGUGCGUCAAUUAAAAAGAAAAAGAGGAAAAUUGUUUCGGGUGCAGGUAGAACUUAAAUAUCGAUUUAGUAAAAAAACUACUGAAGACAUCGUAAUUUAAUUGAUGCCAAUCGAUUGCGCGUCAUUUGUGCUUGAAAAUUGAGCUAUUAUGUAUGCGUGUAGGUUGUUGCUACCAUAGGUUGCUGCGAAGACACUUCAGUAACUGGUACUGGUAGUGGUACCAACACAAAUUCUGUCAUAAUAUAAUGAUUAAUGAUAAUAGUCAAGUGUAGCUGAAAGACUAUGCUAGGACUGCAGUAGAGUUUGUAGAUAAUGGUGUCUGUUUGAAGCAAAGUAGUUUUUUGAAACUGCUAUAUCUUCGAGGUUUACAUUAAUUAUAGAAGCCCUCGACGUUUCCAUAUGCUUUUUAUUCUGACUUGGUAAUUAUUUACUUACCAAAAUAUGUGUGAUACAACUAAUUCAGUAAAUUCAUAUCCAUUGAAUAAUCCUCAACAAAAUGCUGGGAGUUCGGAAUUUAUAGUUCCAGUUAUUACCCCUACCUCCCCAAAUUUAACAUAUUUGCCGAGUACAAGUAGUUGUGAUGAUAUACCACCACCAAAACCAGACUAUUCUGCUCCACCUCCUUAUGAAAUUGCAACAAAAUUACCAACCUAUGAAGAAGUACAAAGAGAGAAAGUAUUAGAAAGUAAUAAUCCUCUUAAUUACUCGACUUGUCACAUAAAUACUUGUAACAUUAAUGCCAGACAAAGAGUAAUUGUUGAUGCAGAAGCUAUAGAAGAAGUUGACACAACUCUUUUGGGGACAGAUUUUAUGUUUUACACUGCAUUUUUUGUUGCUUUUGUAUUUAAUUGGAUUGGAUUUUUAUUGUUGACAUGUUUCUGCCAUACAAUUGCAUCACGUUAUGGAGCACUGUCUGGUUUUGGACUGUCUUUGGCAAAGUGGACUUUAAUUGUAAAACAUUCUACUGAUUUAGCUUCUAGUGAGAAUAGUUGGCUUUGGUGGCUGAUUAUGACCUUUGGUCUAAUAAUUUGCAUUCGUGCAAUUUUGCAAUACUUGAAUAUAAAAAGAGGAUGGCACUUGUUAAGUACAAGUCAUCAAGAGCGCUUACUUUUUUUCUACUGAUUUAAUUGUUUCAAAUUGUAGCAAUUGUUUAAGUAAAAUCAGAAAUGUAUAUUACCUGCAUUCCAUAAAGUUUUAGUGGUAUAUAUUCAAAUGCAUGCUAACAUAGAAAACAAAAAAAAAGUUGUAGAUUAUAAAUAAUGUAUGUGGCUUUAACUUAAAUUAUAUAGAAUGUUUCUUUUUUGUGACUAUAUAGGUACUUAGUUACAUAUAUACAUACAGUUACAAUCAUAACUACAUACCUACUUAUCAAACACAGUUAUGAUAAUAUUUAAUUGUUUUAUUUUCAAUUCUUGAAUUAUAAUAGUAAUUAUAUAUGUAUGUUUGAUUCUGUAUAUCCAUCUAUAGUAUUUAAACCAAUUAAAAGUA